UAUAGUGUUCAGCUUGCAUGGCUUAAAAGUACAUUGAUUUGAGUGAGGUAUGUGAAGUCAUAUAGAAAGAAAAAAUUCAACAUAUAAACAUUUUUCCAAGUAAAGAAGAACCUUUAUUGUGAGAUUGUCGGCGCACAUGCAUGUAUCUGAGGAGAGGCCGAGCAUUUAGUGCACAAAGACGCUUACAGUUAAUAAAUAUAUGGUUGAAUAUUUGUAGAAUCUAGAGAAAGACAAUAUGUACAAAAUAUGUAAGAGGAGAAUAACAAGAGAGAUAAGUACAGUGGCCGGGAAAAUAGUGAACGUGAAAAUAGUGAUACUCAUUGAAACGCUGUUGUGCCGGGUGCUGUGGUUAUACAUAGUGUAACUCUUUAUUUGCUGGUCCAGGAAGCCUAUUUGUUUAUUGAAAUUUGGUUAAUAUAGUGGUUGCUAUUAAGAAUUUAUAUCGAUUUUUGUCUGGUUAAAAUUACAUGCGGGAAAACAAUUCAUUGUGGUUUACAUCUAAUUAAUAUUGGAAGGGAGUGGGGGUAUUGGAUGUUCCAGUUGUGCCCCGUCGUUAGCUCAGACGGAUUUUUUUUCAGUUCGGUGCUAUUUUUGUGCAAUGGUUUGAAAAAAAAAUAGAAAAAUAGAUCCAAACAAAAACAGAAAUUAAUUACGACACUUAACCUAACCUUGCGUCAUUACUAUUUGGCGCUAUAUUGCGCAUUGUUUCCUUUCGUCAGUGUUUUGGCGGUCAAUUGAGAGUAACGCAAAUAAUACAGGUUAGUUUUCAUCAAUUCCAGCCUCUCCAAUUUGAUCACUGGAAAUAAUGAUAGGAUCUCGCUCGUUCUGUAUGUAGUGAUGUCUUUCUUUUUGUUAUUCUUUUUUAAAAAUAUUUUUAGAGAAAAUGAGUCACGCUUUAAAAAAUCUGCUUUUCCCCGACGACGCAGAAAAUAAAUUAAGUGUAGACGUGGUACCAUCUAAAUGGAUAUUCGAUUCAGAAGAGCACAAGAGCAAAAUGUGUCAUUUGCCAGUGGGCCCUUUCACAGCAAAAUCUAUUUCCCAUUUGCACAAAAUGGUCAAAAAUUGUGAUUUGGUUGAUAAAUCAUGGCCAGUACAUCGAGUGUUCAAAAAUGGAAGAGCACGUGAUUUUCAUUGUCACAAAGCAUUGCUUUUACGAGGUUUUCAGGAUUGUGCAUGUAUACAUAUAUUUAUCUUUAUGUGUUUUAUUGUAGAUACCUAUGCAGAGGCCUGUAAAGCAGCGGAUAAACUGCAUUAUGAUCAUUAUGCUUUUUCCACUGAUCGAGAGUCAUCAGUAGAGAGGAUUUUCACUGAGGAAAAUCGACUGUCUACCAGUAAGAAGCUAACAAAAAAAUCUGUUCAAGAAGAAUUGGCCGAUGCUUCCUUCGAUAUGACGUCAGUUAGCGUUCAUCAAAAUAAAGAAAAUGAAUUGGAUUCUCGUGCAAAGACAUCAAUUGAGAAUUCUGCAUCACCGCCAGGAAAAGAAAGAAGUGAAUCUCCUAGACAAUCAGACGAAAAGUUUGGAAAGUGUAAACGUAGGAAUUUUAAUUCAGAAUCCAGAUCGUUUAAAGGAAAGCCAACUGGGAAGGUGCAACCUUCUCAGCCUCAAACACCCGGGAAUUCGAAAAAAAGAUCGUAUUCGUCAAGUUCUGAUUGUUCGCCAGCUUCCAACGAGAAAACAGAGAGUUCAAGAACACCAAUGAUCAUCAGAAAUACUAAACGAUGCCGCCUGUCACCAUCAACAGAUAUUGUUCACAAUUCCAGUAGAUCGACUUCUACAUCACCGCUACCUCUCCUGGAUCGCACAUCCACUCCUAGUCAUUGGCGCUCACAUUCCACCGACAGGAUUUCAGGAAAUAGCAAGAAUGAUCCGCUGUCAUCAUCUAGAUCCAAGAAACGUCGUUCACGUUCAGCAGAUAUGUCAGGAAAAGAUACUGAAAAAAUUAAGGAGGCUUCUCCUGGACUUCGAAUAUCGCAAUCAAUUGGAGAGCAAUCAAUAGAGGACGAGGAAGAAACAGAACAAAACUACAGUUUAGCUAACGUCGUGAAAAUGCUGAAAAGAUUUCAUGCUAGUUUGUCGUCGAAAAUUGACAGAACGUACGGAAAAACUGUUGAACUGACUGGAAGAAUUAACGAGAUGAAGGCGCAAUCUCAUCAGCCGCUACCUGAUGCCGAAGAUUUUGAUGCAAUUGAGCCGAUUCAAUUUCCUAUAGAUACAAAACAGAAUUUCACUCUCUUUGAUACUAAAAUCCUAGAAGACAAAGAAUACAGACAGAGAAUCAAAAAUCGUAUCAAGUAUAUGAUUGCGAGAGAACGGAAUUAUGAUACCCAUCACCUUUCUACUAUCCUGCGUGUGUAUUUGAAGAAGGAGCUCGUUUUAUCAACGUUUACGAGUGUAAGAGCCAAGAAUGAGAAAGUCCCUCUAAAAGACACACAUUUCUAUAAAUGUCUACUGAGUGUUCAUACACGUCUCUUGGGUGAAAAUAUGAGUGAACAAACAUUCAGAGUGCAUCUGAAAGCGUCUCUGAAUUCCGCGAAGGACUGGGAUGGUGGACGAGCAUUCCGUCGUGGUUAAACAAUAAAUGGACCAGUAUUUAAGUUGAGGAUCAAAAAUCUGCUAAAGAAGCCAGAAUAUUUAUUUUUGUUUUUUUUUCAUAUUUUAUCAACUUUUCGAUGAAAAGUUAGUUUUUUUUGUUUUGACGUUAUUUUUAGUUCAUUCCAUUCAUUAUCAACAAUGUGAUUGAUAUUCCAAUUCUAUUACUUUAAUUAUGACAUAAUAUUUUCCAUGGCACUCAAAAACGGUUAUUUUUCACUAUUCGGAUACUUCAAUAAGUGCUUGACACAGAAAAAAAUUGAAGAGGCGAUGAUUCUGUUACAAUUUUUGUAUGCGCAAUUCCUUAAUUUCUAUAAUCAGGUAUAACCGAUUACUUAUUUUGUAUAUUAAUUAUUGGA